AUGACUACCUCAUCUGGAAUUCUUGCGGGGGCAAACCCCCUAGAAUACAACAGCUCGACUCCAUAUACGCUUUUCAUCUUUCAGCUGAUCCUCAUUAUUGGUGUUGCGGAGCUUUUGCAUUAUCCCCUUUCGAAAAUCAAGCAGCCUAAAGUCAUUUCAGAUGUUCUUUCAGGUAUAAUCUUGGGACCAACAGCCCUCGGCAAGAUUCCAGGUUUCACGGAUGCUGUUUUUCCUGACCAAUCGAUGCAGGGGCUCACACUAGUUUCCACUUUGGGUAUUUGCCUCUUGCUUUUCAUGGUUGGAUGCGAGGUCGACAUCAAAUUCAUCAAAAAGCACUUUGCCACGGCUUUAUCGGUGGGAAUUUUCAACAUGGCUGUGCCCUUUGGCUUGGGAUGUGCAUACUCCAUCACUCUUUGGAAACACUACCGGCUUAACCAGCCCAAUUUGCCUGAUAUCAAGUUUUCCACCUUUAUGGUUUUCAUUGGUGUCUCGAUGUGCAUAACAGCAUUUCCUGUUCUUGUCAGAAUUCUCACAGAAUUGCGUUUGGUGAAAGAUCGUGUUGGAGUCGUUGUUUUGGCAGCUGGUAUCACCAACGAUUUGCUUGGAUGGAUUCUUCUUGCACUCUCAAUCACAUUGGCAAACUCUUCAAAGUCCGAAACAACUGUAUAUAUCGUUUUGGUGACAAUAGCUUGGGGUCUCUUCAUCUGUUAUCCGGUGCGCUGGCUUUUGAACUGGGUUUUAAACUCUGUCCUUCAUGAUCUCGAUAAUCCUUCCGGACCUUCCACCAUGGCAAUGUUAAUUAUCCUAUUGAUGAUGUUUGCCUCUGCUUUUUUCACCGAUAUUAUAGGGGUUCAUCCCAUUUUCGGAGCAUUUAUUAUGGGAACAAUUGUGCCGCGGACUAAUAACUACGUUAUCCGUCUUACCGAACGCAUAGAGGAUCUUGUCAACAUCAUUCUUUCGCCACUCUAUUUUGGAAUUGCCGGUUUGAAUGCUGAUCUCACUUUACUAAAUAAGGGAUUGGACUGGGCGUACAUGAUUGGUCUUUUGGCAAUUGCCCUAUUUGGCAAGAUCCUUGGUGGAGCCUCUGCUGCCAGAUUGCACGGACUUUAUUGGAGAGAAAGUCUUACUGUUGGUGUCUUGAUGUCCUGUAAAGGUAUUGUUGAGAUUGUUGUUCUUCAAACAGGUCUCAGGGCGGAAAUCGUGUCGAAGAAGAUAUUUGCCAUGUUCAUAUUAAUGGCACUUAUAUCGACAUUUCUCACCACACCGUUGACUUUGUGGUGCUAUCCUCAAGCUUACAGAGAAGAUGUUAGACAGAAGUUAAGGGACGAGAAGUUCAAAGAGAUAGAAAAUGGGAAGAAGGACGGAAAUGAUGCCUCGUCCUCUUCAUCUUCAGUUUCUUCUUCCACUUCCAGUAAACUUCAUCAUCUGAAGAAGGAGUAUGAGAAUCUGAGAUUUGACAAAUUGAUUCUUCCCGUUGAUAGCUUGGAAAGUGUUUCCAACAAUUUAAUUCUGAUGGACCGCUUCUGCAAACCGGGAAAGAUCCCGAUUCAUGCUGUGAACAUCAAGCAUUUGACAGAGCGUACUGCAGAUAUGUUGCAUGCCUCUAUGGUGAGAGAUAUGGAUGAUCAGUUUGACCAGUUUGAUGGUCAGUAUUUGAACGGAAUUCUUAGUAUUCUUAAAAUCUUCUGCGACCUGAGCGGAGUGCCGUUUUCGUCUGAGAUUGUUUUCAGUUUGCCUGAGAGUACACUUCAAAGUUUACUCUUGAACGAGAACUUGCUUCCAAAUGAUCUUCUCAUUCUAACAGUGGGAAGAAAGUUCUACAACAGCCAGCCAAAGUUUUUGGAUCAAUUCAACAAAAUUGUGUCAAAGACAGAUUACUUCAGUGCUCUGUUCAUCAACAACAAUCAGGAUAUAGGUCGGAUGGCUGAUGUUGAUGAUGGUAAAAAGAGUAUGUCUUCUGUAAGUAGGAAAGAAUUCCUAGAAGAGGAAUCAUUGCUUUCCAAUGAGACGAUUCUCAAUCCGAAGUCGUUUAAGAUCUCUUCUGUGAGCUUGAUUUGCACGUCUAGCAAUAUUAGUAAAGAUGAACUUACGGCAUUAAAGCUGUUUAGUAUAUUGGUGAGGCACGAGGAUGUUGAUUGCGGAUAUAUAGUGACUGCCGGUGGAAGCAUGACGGAUAUAGCCUCACUCUUGAAAGAUGAUCUUCGAUUGGCUGAGAAGAUUCAUUCGACGGUAUACGAGGAUGACAAGAAGGAAAAGGAAGAAGGAAAAAGUAAGGUCAAGACUGAAAAUCCAGAGAAUGAAAGUCAGGAUGGAUACAGGAAGUUUGUGUUGGACCUGGCUAGAUCAAGAUCAGGAAAGGAUAUAGAUGAUUUGGUUAUCAUCACAAAGAACUGUCCGUUUGUGACUACGCUCAUUAAGGAGUUGGAGGAUAGUAAUAGGAAGAUCCUGGUGGUUUUCUGA